AUGCAUAAUUGGACGUGUGACGCGAGCCGAGGGGCCUCUGCUCUGCGCUACUGCGUGACGGUCAGCGGCACGGUGCUUCUGGUAGCUGGGACACUCUGCUUCGCUUGGUGGAGUGAAGGAGAGGCAGGGGCUCAGCCCGGCCAGCCGGCCCCACCCACUGGGCACCCCAUGCCUGAGGCCCCCAGGCCCCUGCUCAGGUCGGUCAGCUUCUUCUGCUGCGGCGCGGGAGGCCUGCUACUACUCUUGGGCCUGCUGUGGUCCGUCAAGGCCAGCACCCGGGGGCCUCCCCGGUGGGACCCAUAUCACCUCUCCAGAGACCUGUACUACCUCACUGCGGAGCCCUCGGAGAAGGAGAGCUAUAGGCUCCCAGAGGUGGCUGCCAUCCCCACUUACGAGGAGGCCAUGUGCUGCCCUCUCGCCGAGGGGCCCCUGACACGGCCCGCGGACCCCCUGGAGGAAGGCCUGAAGGACAGUGCCUCUGGGGAUGCCCUGCUCGGGACCCAGCGCCCCCUGCCGCCGCCCAGCUACGAGAGCAUCGUUGGUGCCGUGCGUGGCAUCUCCGGAGAGACAGGCCCGGCUCGGACUGCAGGGGGGCGAAGCUCAAGGUUCCCGGCAGACCCCAGAGCUGGAGACAGGUGGUGCGCGUGGGCCGUAUAG